CGGAGAGUAGAUGUCUACAACAGAGGGCUCAUCCUGACUGAAGGUUGAAGCCUGUCUGACGACGUCUCCGAAACCCGCCCGAUCUGGGACCGAGAGAGAUGGAGGGAGAAGGCAGCAACCACGGGGUAGCUAUGGAUUCAGGUAACCCCUUGCUACGAGCCGUCUUCCUGCGUCGCCUGCGCCUCACGCGGCUGCUCCUGGAGGGAGGCGCUUACAUCAACGAGAGCGACGGCCAAGGCCAGACGCCGCUGAUGGUGGCCUGCAGGACGCAGCACAACGACGCCCAGAGCGCCAGCCGGGUCAAGCUGGUCCAGUUUCUCCUGGAGAAAGGAGCAGACCCCAACAUCCAGGACAAGGAGGGUCGCUCUGUGCUGAUGCACGCCUGCCAGGAGCAGGCCGGCCCUGAGGUGGUGUCUCUGCUCCUCGCCAGCGGAGCGGACAUCGGCCUGGAGGAUCGGGCCGGGACGUCAGCGCUGGUCUACGCAGUCAUGGCCGGAGACUGGAAGGUUCUGAAGCUGAUGCUCGACACGUGCAAGGCCAAGGGGAAGGAGGUGAUCAUCAUAACCACCGACCAAUUCCCGUGUGGGAAACUGCAAGCCAAGCAGUACCUCAGCAUGCCGCCCCUUGGUCCUCUCGAUCAGACGGACAAAACGGCGUCAGCGGCUCCUGCAUCUCCCUCUGAAAUCCAGCUCAUCACCUCCCCACAGUGCACCUCCUCUUCUUUAUGUCCCCCAAAGACUUCUGUCUUCUCCUUUAAAGAAGCCCAGUCCUGUGGCGUAAGCUCCCAUCUACGUUCCCCAUCACGGUUUGAAAGGCUCGGCCAAGCGCCGGCGAAGGGCCUGCAGCAGCCCCUCCUGAGGUUGAACUCUGAGCCGUGGCUCAAGGUCCCAGCGUCCUACACAGCCUCGUCAUUAAAAGACGGCAAAGACGUCAUCCAAACUGAGGACCUCGCUCUCAGAAUUCCCAAACUGGAUGGCACGACUCCAACGACCGACAGCUUCAAAUGGUAUGGAGGAGGAUUGGCGAGGGACAAAGGAGGAGAAGAAGGAAAGAAUGAAUGCCCCGAACACGUGGGACACAAGAUAUCCUUACCAGGUCUCCUUUCAUCCCACUCUGCCUCCCACCCUAACCUCCAUUCUGCAAACCUUGGAACGGAUUCUCUCGCCUCUUCUUCUUCCUCCUGUUCUGGUGGCAAAAACCUUGGCGCUCCACUUCACAGCAUGGCCUCCUCGAGCCUUCACAGCAUCAUCCAGAGGCGCAAACUCGGGGCGGACAUCUACAGUUCUGACCCCCAGCUAGCUAGAGACAUCCACGAUCUGCCUGAGGAGUCCCAGCAGAAAGCAAAAGACUCAACAGAUGGUAAGAGGCACGCCCCGUUACAUUUCUCCGGCACGUUGGGCUCCAGGGAGUCCCUGUCGACCUCGGGCCCGAGCAGGAGAGUGCUGUCCGGGUACGAGCGCAGAGGCUCUGGAACUUUCUUGUUGGACCACAACUCGCAGGCCAGGCCUCGAUCUCUGCCACCUCUGACCCUCAGCUCCACCAACACCCCCGUCCUUAAUGUUUAUGACCUCAGCUCCGGAGCUGGAGGUGGUUUCGGUGAGAAAGAGUCUGGCCUAAAGAGUUUCCUUCCCUCCGCUCCUCCUGGACACCCCAAAGAGCUGACCAGGAGGAUGCUGCUGAGGAGACACUCCAUGCAGACCGAACAGUUCAAAACCUCAGUGUGAAUUUCUCUAGUUCAUUCCGCGUGUUUUAAUGUGAAAUGUUCCGUCACGUGGCGUGUCUGUGUGGUGAAAUUCAA